ACCAAUUGAAUUUUCAUCAUGUGCAUAAACGUUUCUAUACGCCUCUCCUUAUCCCAACGUCAAAUCCAGAAACUUCCAUCUAUUUUAAAUUUCAUCAUUUGUGUAUGUUCCAGAAAUGGCUGUAAUGUUUUAUACAAAACGUGAACCUACAAAUAAAAGAGAAUAAACACAUGGCCAUAAGCCAUUUCAAUUCAUUUCCUCGGUUCCUCCUCCACCCUCCUUCCCCGCAUGUCCAUUAAUAAGUCUUUUCAACUUUUGUUUGAACGCCAAAAUUCUUGUGGUCCCGUUUUUAUUUGCUUCAGCCGAUUUCCUGUUCAUUCCUUUGGUGAAUUCUGCUGAAUUUUAAGCGCCUGUUUCGGAAACCCUCUCAAAAUCUGAGAACCAAUUAGCCGUGAUAUAUAUUUUUCUGCUGUUGUUGUAGAUUUAUUUUAGAAAACCUUUUUUUUUACCUUUUUUUUUGGGUAUUUUUUGUAUAAAAAUUCAUCGCAGAGCUCUUGUUUCAGCCCAACCAUUGCAUGUUUUAAAUAGUGGUUGCGAUUGGAUUUUCUGUGAAAUUAUUUGGAUCAGAAGCCCUAGAUCGGAUCCCAGAAUUAGUUAGCUGCAACUAUCGAAUUUUAUCUCUUCGGUGGCAGGAUUUUCCGUAAUUUUCUUUGCAACUGCUAAUCGAUUCAUAAAGUAGGAGAUGACGAUAGAGUCGUUUUCGGGGAGCUCAGGUUAUCUGAGAGGUAGCGAUGCAAAGAUUACAUAUUUUAGCAAUUCCUAUGUGUUGGGGUUGACUGUUGUCGCUGGUAUUGGUGGCCUGCUCUUCGGCUAUGAUACUGGUGUUAUAUCAGGAGCACUUCUGUAUAUACGGGAUGAUUUUGAGGUAGUUAAUCAGAGUAACUUUCUACAGGAAACAAUUGUGAGCAUGGCUUUAGUUGGGGCCAUGAUUGGAGCUUCAGUAGGGGGCUGGAUAAAUGACGCUUUUGGGCGUAAGAAAGCUACUCUAUCUGCAGAUGUUGUGUUCACAAUUGGAUCCAUUUUCAUGGCGGCAGCCCCAGAUCCAUACGUACUUAUUUUUGGUCGCCUGUUGGUUGGCCUUGGCGUCGGUGUUGCAUCUGUGACUGCUCCUGUGUAUAUUGCGGAGGCUUCCCCAUCAGAAGUUAGGGGUGGCCUAGUCAGCACAAAUGUCCUUAUGAUCACUGGUGGACAGUUCCUUUCUUACCUUGUCAACCUUGCCUUCACUGAGAAUUCUGAAGUAGCAAAUUGCAAGUGGCUAAUGAUGUUCCACCAACUGAAAAUGGUUCCUGGCACAUGGCGUUGGAUGCUUGGUAUAGCUGCAUUGCCUGCCGUUCUUCAAUUUUUUCUCAUGCUAUUUUUACCCGAGUCUCCUCGCUGGUUGUACAUGAAGAAAGACAAAUCAGAAGCCAUCGUUGUGCUUUCGAAAAUUUACGACCCGAUGAGGUUGCAAGACGAGGUCGACCAGCUGGCAGCAGCGCUCGAGGAAGAGUGCCAGAGAGACACUCGUGUCAGCUAUUCUGACGCUUUCCAGCAGCUCACCGGCAUCAACACUGUAAUGUACUACAGCCCAACAAUCGUCCAGAUGGCGGGUUUCCGCUCGAAUCAACUAGCUCUCCUUUUAUCCCUCAUAGUAGCUUUCAUGAAUGCUCUCGGCACAGUCCUCGGUAUUUACCUCAUCGACCAUGUGGGCCGUAAAAAGCUGGCGCUCAGCAGCUUAUGUGGCGUAAUAAUCUCUCUUGUUCUCUUGGCUGCCGCCUUCAUCCUUGAGCCAUCGGGAGAUGGGCUCAACUCGCACUACUACGGCUGGCUUGCGGUAUUGGGCCUAGGACUGUACAUAGCCUUCUUUUCGCCAGGGAUGGGCCCAGUGCCUUGGGCCAUCAAUUCAGAAAUAUACCCGGAAGCUUACAGAGGGGUGUGUGGGGGAAUGUCGGCUACUGUGAACUGGAUAUCGAACCUUGUGGUUGCACAGAGCUUUCUGUCGGUGGUGGAAGGUGUGGGGACGGGGCCAACUUUCUUGAUAUUUGGGGGUGUGGCUGUGGUGGCGUUUGUGUUUGUGGGGGUUUUGGUUCCAGAGACUAAGGGGCUGACGUUCGAGGAGGUGGAGAAGAUGUGGAAGGAGAAGGCUAGUAGAGGGUUUGGGUCUGCUGUGGGGGAGAGGCUGCUGAUGUAAGGCUAGGCUCGGGUGAUCUGGUUGAGUGUCUAUGCAGUGUAAUAAAUGUGGGUUUUUGUUUGGAAUUGUUGUAUAUAUUUUGUAUUGUGGGGGUGCUCUGAAUGUUGUUACAAGAUGUUUUAGGGGGUGAUUGGAUAUGAAUUCAACUAGUAAAAAACUAGUUUUUUUUAACUAUAGUUAAGUUUGAAAAAAAGUAGUAUGGUUAGUUGU